AUGGAACCAACACAAUAUCUCAAUCCUACAGCCCAGUACCGACAUUACGGUGUUAACAGUCACCCCAGACAGGUGUCCGACGGUCGCUCGUCUUUGACAAUCAAGGAUUUAAACUAUCAGGUGGACGAUAUCAAGGGUUAUUGGUGGCAGAAAUCCUGGUUUGAGGUGAAAAUAAAGAAGACAGUUUUAAAGAAUGUGAAUAUGUAUUUUACCAGUGGACAACUGGCAGCCAUUACAGGAAGUUCAGGGUCUGGUAAAACGUCAUUACUAGAUGUGAUAUCUGGUAGAGCAGAAGGAGAAGUGGAUGGUAAUGUUUAUGUUAAUAAUACUAUCUGUUCUGAGAAGUCGAUGAGGUCCAGGUCGUGUUAUGUAAUGCAGGCUGAUCGACUACUGCCCAAUCUAACAGUCCGUGAAACAUUGAGAUAUACAGCCUUUCUGAAACUUCCCGGUAAAACAACACAUAAACAGGUAGAUAAGGUUAUCCAGGACCUAGGAUUAAAAUCAGUAGCUGAUUCAUUGAUCGGGGCUACCAUCAAUAGAGGAAUAUCUGGAGGUGAAAGAAGACGAGUAACUAUUGCUGUUCAGCUAUUACAAGACCCUCAAAUCAUCCUAUUGGACGAACCAACCACUGGGUUAGAUAGUUUCACGGCUCGCUAUGUAGUCAAUAACCUCAGGGAUCUGGCCCACUCUGGUAAAAUAGUCAUUAUGUCUGUUCAUCAACCUCGAUACGACAUUCUUAAACUGUUUGAUCAGGUCGCCAUUUUGUCACAAGGGGAGGUAACUUACUAUGGACCACAAUCCGAGAUGGUACCGUAUUUUACCAGUAUCAACUACCCGUGUCCAACCUACGCUAAUCCUAUGGAUAUUUACAUUGAUGUAAGUAGUAUAGACAGACGAUCUCCUGAAAGGGAGGUAAGUUGUUCAUUACGAGUUACCAACCUUGUUACUAAAUAUAGACACUCCGAUCAGUAUCUCAGCAUGAUGGACAAUAUAUCACGUGGUACCUCUGACGUCACUAAACCAAGCUAUAUAUCUACUUCCGGUCCUGGAAUUGGUCGUAUUCUUUACACAUUGACUAGUCGAUUUUAUGUGAAUCUAUGGAGAGACAAGAUGAUGUUUGGGGCCAGAAUUGGAAAUUUCCCGCUCUUUUCUAUAUUUAUCGUCAUGUUUCUAGGCACGAUGACGUAUGAUCAACAGAGUAUCCAGGACAGAACUGGUCUUCUAUAUAAUUCUGUCAGUUCCCCACCAUUUAUUGCCAUUAUUAAUUGUGUCCAGAUCUUUCCACCAUUAAGAGAUGUAUAUUAUAGAGAAUGUCGAGAUGGUCUAUACAAUGUGGUGUUAUUUAUAUUGGCCUACACUCUUCAUAUCUUACCAUUUAUCAUCCUCUCCAGUUUUGCCUUCGCUUCUUGCUUGUAUUGGAUUUGUGGGUUACAGAACGAUGUUACUCUAUUUCUGAUGUUCGCGGCUGUUAUUACUAUGAUGCAUAUAACUGGAGAGUUUGUAACAGUGUUGAUUCUAGGGUUGUGCCAUAAUCCACAGAUAGCCAACACCAUCGCUAGUCUCUUUACAUCACUGUCUUGUCUCAUAUCUUCAGGCUUAAUCAGAUCGUAUGAAUCGCUGCCUUAUGUUUUAAAACUGGUAGCUACCGUGUCUUUGCCUAAAUAUGCAGCAGAAAUUGUAGUUGGAAACGAGUUCCACAAUCUGAAUUUUACUUGUGUUAAAGUUCUGUUUAUUUUGUUUUCAGAUGAACCUUGUGGUUAUCAAACUGGGGAGGCUUUUCUCGACGUUUUCUACCCAGGAGCUUUCGGCCAUGUUUCUAGAAAUUUUGAAAUAAUGAUCGGAUAUUUCUUCUUUAUUUUUAUCAUGUCUAUGGUAUCGUUUAAAAUCCGAGGUUUUCCUACACUUCAGUAG